GUUAUCCGGACUCUGCGACUGCGAGCGGCGGCGCAGUUGCCGACGCCCGUCUCUCCUCCUCGCCUCGUAUCGCUGCUGCCGACUGCCGCCGCAAUGGCGGCAACUGCCGUCCACGUCCCGCUCCGCGCCUCGUCCCAGGUGGGCCUGGCUCCGCUCCGGGCCCCGUGCUCGCCCCCCGGGGUGCGGUUCCCCGGCCGGCCAGCGCGGCGCCGGCUGGCGGCGGGGUGCGGCCGGCAACUUGGCGGGAUCCGGGCGGAGGCUCUCUCCGGCGGUGGAGGAGUCGCGCGGAGGGAGGCCAUGGUGCCUCCGUAUAAUAUUCUAAUCACCGGUUCCACGAAAGGUAUAGGAUAUGCUCUGGCAAAGGAAUUUUUGAAGGCUGGCGAUAAUGUUAUAAUCUGCUCAAGAUCAGCUGAAAGGGUAGAAUCUGUGGUGACUGACUUGAAAAAGGAAUUUGGAGAGCAACAUGUGUGGGGAAUCGUCUGUGAUGUUAGGGAGGGGAAAGAUGUAAAGGCACUUGUUGAUUUUGCACGUGACAAAAUCAAGUAUAUUGAUAUUUGGAUCAACAAUGCUGGAUCAAAUGCAUAUAGUUUUAAACCGUUGGUCGAGACUUCCGAUGAGGCUCUCAUGGAAGUGAUCACAACUAACACUCUUGGAUUAAUGAUAUGUUGCCGUGAGGCAAUAAAUAUGAUGAGAAACCAACCUCGAGGUGGCCACAUAUUUAACAUCGAUGGGGCUGGUUCUGAUGGAAGGCCAACCCCAAGGUUUGCUGCAUAUGGUGCAACAAAGAGAAGUGUGGUGCACCUUACAAAAUCUCUACAGGCAGAGUUGCAGAUGAAUGAAGUGAACAAUGUCAUGGUGCACAAUUUGUCGCCUGGCAUGGUUACAACUGAUCUUCUUAUGUCUGGUGCUACAACGAAGCAGGCCAAAUUUUUCAUCAAUAUAUUAGCUGAACCUCCUAAUGUGGUUGCGGAUUAUCUCGUUCCAAACAUCAGAGCAAUACCUACCAACCAAUCCAUGAAACCGACCUAUAUCCGUUUUCUCACAGGCUUGAAAGCUUACUCCAGAAUAUUUUCAAGGAUUGCUUUUGGUGCUCGUCGGAACAAGUAUGUUGCUGAGGAUUAGUGCUUGUUUUGCUGCGAUCUUUCUUCGUAUCUUACAACCAUGAAGAGAACUAGGCACAAUUUCUUGUUCUCCCUUAUAGUUGCAUUCUUUGUAAAAAUAGCUUGUAUUAUUAAUAGCAUUUCAAGAACAGUGAUGUACUCCUAUAAUCCUAUGUAUAAUAUCUGAAAUUUGACUACGUCAUAAGUGUUAUUGUCAUACACUAAUUUAGUUCCUGUUCCUGUGAUACACUUCUUAUCACCCUUGUGAUCUGUACAGUUCAACCAAAUUGCCAACCAUACCUAGAAUACUGGUUUGGCAACAAUUGCACUCAUGUAUCCUUCAUCUUCCAUGUAAAAGGGAACCUCAUGAUACAUCUAUGCAAUUACAUGUAGGAUUGAACUCAUUUUCUAUAGUACAUCCAGAUCUUUUGGAAUUCUUCCCUACUUUUCGAAUUGCAAUUUGAAGGAUGGACAAAGCUUUGCAGUAUCAAAA